AUGGAACACGCAAAGAAAAAAUGGGGUGAAAAUUGGAGUUCAGAAGAAAAGAAUAUACUGCGUCAACUUAUUGCCGAGUCGGCUAAAAUACUUGAAGAUAAGUCGACGAAAACAAACAUAAAUAUGUUAAAAACACGAGAAUGGAAAAAUGUAGCAAAUAAACUAAAUGAAAUCGCCGGAAAAAAUCGUUCUGUAGAAGAGAUAAAGUUGGCUUGGAAGAGAAUGAAGUUGGCAGCCAAGGCAAACUUGUCUCUUCACAGGAAAUAUCAAAAUUAA